AUGGCUUUUCUUCUCGAGUUGCGAGGCGGGCUCGGGCUUGGAUUCGGGCUAGGGUUGGUUUUCCAUAGCAGCGGCGAACAGUCGCCGGAGCUGUCGGAUAGGGUUCCAAAGUCAAGAGUUUGUAGAUGGGGUGGGACAGAUGCAUCAACACGUACCUUUCCACUGGCCGUCACGCGAUCCCCAGUGUUUAGCUUGACGUACUUCUUGCUCCUCUAUUACAAAUUCAACAUCAUUACAAGUCAAAAGUUAAACAAGGGCAUAUUUAUGAUAUUUUCUAAUGUCCACGUGGAAGGUGAUUGUUUAGCAUAUGUUACCUUGUCCCAGUGGAAAGAAGAUUUCUGCUUCUGCAAUCCUCCACUAUCAUCAGCAUUUAAAUCAAGAACAGCAGAUUCUAACCUUCGCAACAAAAGAGCCGCUCAAACUCUUAUGACCUCCAUAAGUACCACAAAAUCUAAUACCGAAGAGGCUACGGAUAAUUUAUGCAACUUGGAAGAAAGGAAAUUUAAAAAAAAAAAAAAAUCUGAGAAAAGACAAAAGGCAACCUCGCCUUCAGCUUCCAGUAUGGUCUGCUUGGGCCUAUUAGCAAGUCACAUUAACGACAUAAGUUGUUCAAGGCGCUCGGAAAAGGCCAAAGCUGUCAACUCAUCGCCACCCAAUUCGUUUUUGAACAUAGGAUGCAAACCUUCAUGGGGCAGGUCUUUAACCCUUUUAAUAGACUCCCUAGAUGGCUUUGCUUUUGUCUUGGUGUACAGUGAGAACGCCUUUGAAGAAGGUCUAAGCAAGCCAGCGAGUUCUGCGGACGACUCAAUGAUUUCUCGGACUCUGUCUGACAGUAGAUCUAUGGCUCUCUGGGAAAAACGUCCGUAA